AUGUCGUCCGCAUCAACUCACUGGGGAACCCUCAUCAACCCGGAUAAGAGCCCUGCGCCGCUUCUAGAGCAACUAUGUUUGGGCAUCGCACAGCUGUUGCCCUCAUUUGACUCAAAUGGCACCACAGACCUCACCCCCGACCGGCUGGCCACAUUCUACCGCAGAGUCGGCGGCAACUAUGACACACUCUUUCUUGCAACCAAGACCCAGUCGCUGUCCUUCAUUUACCAGUCGCUGGGAUGUUUUCACAGCCUCCAGCCUUCCACCAAUCCCUAUGAGUCACCAUCUAUCCCUUCACUUCUACCGAACGGCUUUGUGCGAUGGCAGACAAUACAGUUGUUGAUGGACCCGGAUGAGCACGCACGGUUCCUGCAAGAGGCUGUCAAACAGUGGGAUAUUGUCGAUGCCCAAGGACAGGUUUUUCCCAAGGAAAUUCCCCGGGAUGCAUUCCCUUCAGAACCAGAUCCCGAGAUGAUGCAGUGGCAUGAAGGUGUUUGCCGGAGGCUCGAAUAUGACUUUGUCAAACGGAAUGUUCAUCACGUCUCCCCUCCGAACUUCGGGGCCUAUAAUUGCCAUUUCAAGGGCAAGGAUCCGCUUCCUGACGAGGAGGAUUAUUUUGCGCAGAGCCCUCCCGUCGACGCCAUCACCACAGGCGGCUCAGCGCGGAGUAUCCCACGUCCAGCUCUCGCAGACAUGAUCCAGGGGUUAUCCCGCGUGCGGAUGACGGUAGAUCAAGUGUGUCGUCCCCGCGAGGGCCAUCACCAUCUGGCCUUGCAGAGCGUCCACGUCGUUCACGAGGCCGAGACCGACGAUCCGGGUAUGGUCGCCCUCUCAGCCCCCCAGAAGUGGAUGACGCGCCAGAUAAUGUCGACAUAUCGGAUAAUUCACUGUACCCGGAAGACCUCGACCUCAGACCGAAGCACAAAUCGCGCCAUCACAAACUGUCACCGCCUCCCGACUCCCGCGCCCGACGCCAUUCUCACGACGCCUAUGAGCGUAAACCCGCACGAGACCUUUCAUCAUCACCGAAAAAGCAGUAUGAAAACUACGAUAGACGCCCACCAAGACCCAUCAAGCCACCCUCUGACAAGCGUCGAGAAGGCCGCUCUCGUUCCAGGCCAACAGGCGUCAAAUUCCGAGACUUUAUCUUCGACGGCCCAACACCAGCUACAGCCCCAGAACCACCGCAAUACACAGCGGCUCCCCCACCACCGCCACGAGGUCCACCCCGCCCUCGAUACAACAUAG